CUGCGCCGUUACUGGGCACUCGCCAGUCGUUUCUCUCUAUUUCGCACGGUACGGGCCAGCCUCCUCAGCAACUGCCUACGGUACCCGAGAACCUGCUCGAGUGACUCGAGUCACUUAUCCAGUUUUCGUUUGGGUGCGUAACAGUGACGUUUCGUUCAGAUUUUUAACUGAUUUUGUGCAGGAUUUCAGUGGUUUUGUGAAACAUUUUGGGGUGCACAUAUGUGUUCACUUGGUUAACAGUGUUUCGUGCAACUUUUUUGAUCGAUAGAGUUUAGAUGACCAACACAAAUUACCCGUACAACCACCCGAACCCCAUAAUGUUCCACUCGAGCGCCCAGUCCGGCGGCUACACGGACUCGAACGCCGCCGCCGCGGCCGGUUUCCACCAACACCUCCAGCAGUCCCCGGUUUACGUGCCCAGCAACCGGGCCGUUCCCCAGUACGGCACGCCGACGGGCGGCCACUUCGGAGCUGCCCACCAAGGGGGGUGGCACGCGGGCGGCGGCUACGGCGAGAUGACGGCGCCCGCCGCGCACGGGCUGGGCGCUGCGCCGCAUCAUGGCGGCGCUCUAAGCGCCGGGCAGUUUUACGCGCAAAAUAUGAUGAUGAGCUCGUGGAGGGCUUACGAUGGGGCCGGCUUUCAGAGAACUUCGCCUUACGAUGCUGGUGUUGAAUUUCAAUUCGGUGAAGGAAGGGAAUGUGUAAAUUGUGGGGCAAUUUCAACUCCUCUAUGGAGAAGAGACGGAACUGGCCACUAUUUGUGCAAUGCGUGUGGACUUUAUCAUAAAAUGAAUGGAAUGAACCGACCACUUAUUAAACCAUCAAAACGACUGACGGCUACGAGGCGAUUAGGCUUGUGUUGCACGAACUGCGGCACCAGAACCACCACCCUGUGGCGGCGAAACAACGACGGCGAGCCCGUGUGCAACGCGUGCGGCCUCUACUUCAAGCUGCACGGCGUGAAUCGACCCUUAGCGAUGCGCAAAGACGGCAUCCAGACGCGCAAGCGCAAACCCAAGAAGCCGUCGGGCGGCGACAGAGAGGAGACGAGCUCCGCCUCCUUGGAAGAAAGUAAAACACCUUCCCUCGGACUUCCAUCCUCCCAACAACAGCAGCAACAACAACAACAAACCCAGCAGCAACAACAAACAUCUUCCCAAAACCAGCAGCAGCAGCAACAACAACAGAGCCAUCAAAUGGAGAAGUCGUCUCCCAUAGACCGACCGUACCUGGGUCAGACAUCCCUUCUCCCCGCCACGAGCACCGGCGCAAUUAAAAGCGAACCCGGCUAUGAGUACAACUACCUGCAGAACCAGCCUUCCUAUCCGUACCAGCAGAUCUUCGGAUUUCCUAGCGGGGCCUCCACCAACGGAGACAUGGCCUACCAUCAUCAGCACCACGUCACUGCGGCUGCCAAGUUAAUGGCGUCCUCCUAACAUCAUCUAAAGACUUUCCUGCUUUAGGAGAAAACGCAAACAAAUAGAUUUACGCAAUUCGGUACGCAGAGAAAAAUAACACUAUGAUAGUUUUACAAACUUUUUCCUAACAUUAAGUACUCCAGCUUUGGGCCGGUGAUUUCAAAAAUGUCAUUAGUUUGUCUCUAGGACGUCUAGGAUUUAAAAUAAUUUCGUAAUAAAAUGCUCUGCUCAAUCACCUCAAAAUGUAAGUUUUUUGUUGGUAUUUUAACCUCAAAAUUUAAUGCAUUUUCUAAUUUAAAUUUAUUAAAUCGUGCUUAUUGUGUUAAUGUACACAUAACGCCUUUUUUUAGCUGGGGAUGGUGAUUCAUUAUCGAACAAAUCCACCACCCCCUCAUUUGGUUCUAGCAGGCAACGGAACGGAGGCAGUGGGGAAGACUCUAAUGGCAUCGGUGAGGGUGAGGUUGGCGGCGAAGGCUCCGAUGCUAUUGGUGAGGGUAGUGGGGAAGGUGACUGAGUUCUAAAAAGAAAAAAAAAUUAAAACUUAAAUUAGAAAAAAAGUUGUGUGUAUUGCCUGUAGUCGACAAAACAAAAGCAGAAAAGCCUGCCACAGUCUUCGCAUUCUCGCCUGUAAGCCCAAUUUAUUGCUCUGCAAGAAAAAAUAGAUAAAUAAGUAAUAAACAUUAAAUAAAUAACUUACUGUUUUAAGGGCAUCAGAUGUGGAGGUGGAGUUAUAUUUCUGAAAAGAAAAAGGUAUAAAUAAUUAAGGUUAAAAAUAAAAAAAAUAUAACUUACUUUUCCAUAAAAUAUUCUUCUGGAUUGACAGGCGGCGUGUACCUGUUAGUACUUUCACUAUAUUCACUCAUCGUUGCUUGUACCUCAGUAUCCUCAUCAUCGUCGUACAUCUUUUGCUGCAAAUUCAAACUUCUUUCCGCUAUACCCAUAGAUAUCUACCAAUGCUCUAGACUUGCAGUUACUUGGUGAAAUCGUUCUCCAUGUUCAUCAGUUCGGCAAAUUUAUCAGGAUGAAAAAAAAAUGUAUUUAACGCUA